GUCCGCUAGCCCCUGGGCCAGCCCUUCGGCGUAACUCCCAGCCAGGGCCGCAGAGAAUAUGUUACCGGAGUUUGAAGUCAGGAAAGGAAGGAUUUAAGGAGAUGGCGCCAUGCCCGGAGUCACAGCGAGCGCCAGUUUGAGCGGUGCGGUCCGCUCCGCCGCGAGGGUUCGUGGCCAACGGCUUCUUCUUUGGCUCCCUCGGCUGCCGACCCCUCACUGCGGUCGAGAAAAGAUGGUGGGCCGGAACAGCGCCAUCGCUGCCGGCGUGUGCGGGGCCCUCUUCAUCGGGUACUGCAUCUACUUCGACCGCAAGAGACGGAGUGACCCCAACUUCAAGAACAGGCUGCGAGAACGAAGAAAGAAACAAAAGCUUGCCAAAGAGAGAGCUGGACUUUCCAAGUUACCUGACCUUAAAGAUGCUGAAGCUGUUCAGAAAUUCUUCCUUGAAGAGAUUCAGCUUGGUGAAGAGUUACUAGCCCAAGGUGAAUACGAAAAGGGCGUGGACCACCUGACCAAUGCGAUCGCCGUGUGUGGACAGCCGCAGCAAUUGCUGCAGGUGCUGCAGCAGACACUCCCCCCGCCGGUGUUCCAGAUGCUUCUGACUAAGCUUCCCACGAUCAGUCAGAGAAUUGUAAGUGCUCAGAGCUUGGCUGAAGAUGAUGUGGAAUGAGAAACAAAUGUCAACGCAAUAAUCUCCAUUAAAAAUGUUUUUAAAAUCUUAACUCGGAAGAUGAGCAGCUCUGGGGGAAUAAGGGCAACUAGGCUUGGUAUGGACCGUCCUACACUAAAUCUACCAAAGUCAACUUCUACUUUGUGUAGAUCCAUUCGUCUUUUAUUUAUUUUUCCCAGUGAAGAGUGUAUUUUGAUAGAGAGCUUUUCGUUUUAUAAAUACACUAUCAGUUACUGAAAUAUCAUGGAUUUUGUUUAUUCCUAAAAUGUGUAAUUAAAAUGUACAUAUAACAUCAUAUUACGUACAUCAGAAAUAUCCAGUGCUCAGUUUUGAAAGGCAUUGAAAGCAGGUGGAAGCUGAAGAAUGGACUUUUUUUAAGCUAGUACAUUUUGCUGCACAUCAGAAAAUUGGGUGGAAACAUGAUUGUGUUUAUCAAAACUGGGUAUUCAAGUCUUUGAGACCACGUCUUUGCGUUUAAUCCCGCAAACGUGUAAGAUGUGCUGUUGUGCGGAGCUAACGGCCUCACCCACCCUGCGCGGCAGUCUGGAAACGUUUUGUUGGAGGCGGUGGCUUACUGUGCUCUGGAUAUUAUCUCCUGGUGUUGUAGGUGCAUGUAGUUGCAAAUAGCACUGGGAACUAGAUCUCUGUGUGCCCCGGUGUAGCUGUCCAGCUUCUCCAGUCACUGUUGCCUGCCCACUUGCCUCACUCACGAGAUGAGGGGGUUGGCGUGCGGACCCAGAGAAGCAUCCCUUGCAGCUCUUCAUUUGGUCAUGCUUCAGCACUAUGAAAUCCACCCUUCUGAGGGGCAAUCAGGCCUUGCAUUUUUUUAUUCUCUAAAUUUUGCAUGCUUGCCUGGCUUAGUAUUUCUGAAAGUAUUUUUUUAAGGUAUUAUAACAUUGUUUUUCACUGGAAUCAUGUGGUUCUGUCACUGCUCUUGUAAAUUAAUCUGAAAUUGAACCUUUAACUGAGAUGAUAUGCUUGUAAAAACCUAUUUCUUUGCUUUUAUCCUAUGUACCUCCUUAAUCCUUUAAUCUGAUCCAUUUAUCUUGUUGUGACGAGAAUAAGGUAUAGCCUGUGGCUGGAGACGUGCAAAGACGGGAGGUGAUGGGACCUCUUAUUCACAAAAUAGUGACAUUAUCUGCAGUCACAGAUUCGGUAUCAGACCUGAGCAUAAGGGUGUUGGGCACUAAAUGAUCUGCUGAACUGAACAGCAUCUCUGCUUCUGUUCUGUCUAAAAAUCUCUGGAGCGAUCCCAAAGUCUCUUCCUACGUGUACUAGGCUUUUUAUUUUGUUUUACUUACAAACUCCUUGAACCUCGGGUUUUGCGGUGGCUGUGGUACAGAGGAAAGAGUUUGGGAUACGACCCUGGACAAGUCGUGUGGCAUCUCUGAACUUCUGGUAUCCCCUGUACAAAAUGAGGACCAGGUGACUCACACAUUUAACGACUUCCCCAGGUUCCUUCCAGGCUUGUGAUCCUGAACCUUAAAACAGUACUUUUUUUACUACACCUAGCACACGCUUUUGGGGGUGACCAGUAGAAACAUGCUAGUUAGUUUUACUAAUAGGAUCCCCAAUCCAAAGCAGAGGGUAGUGGUCAUUGGUCAGUGAGUGGAAACAGUCUUGUAGCUUGCACCCGCCCAAACAAAGUGUAGAGAACAGAGGCCACCAGAAGGUAGAGAGGAAGGAACAUAGGGCCAGAGGGAAUGUGGGGUGGGGGGAGAGAUCAAGAGAACAGGCCUGGAAACCCUGGGGACUGGCAGGGGCCUGGGGGCGGGGGGAGGGUUAACUUGGACCCGGAGGGUGUGAAGAGUGGGCCUGGGCCCUGGAGCCUGGGGUGCGUCCUAGCAGGACGUCACUGUCACUUCACUCGGCUUGCAGCUGAAGACUGGCUCUGAUGAAGGCGUGCUGCGGGGGCAGUGGCCUCUGCACUUCAGAGCUGACUCAGCCAAGUGCACUUUCUUAUUUAAAUAAGUGAGAGCUUUGGUGCUUUAAAAAUAGGUACCACUCUUGAAAGCCAGCUGUGUUAGGUUAAAAAGAAAAUUUGCCCCCAGCACAUAAUUGCUGAACAGUCUCCUGGGACCAGGCAGUCACGCUGGUGCUGGCCACAUGGUGCGCAGCUCCCGAUGGGAGCGGAGUGGUGGCCGCCGGCCUGUUCCCCUGUGCUCGUGUUGCACACGUAAAAUCUUCGGACGUGGGAAUAAUAAGUGCACAUUGGCAUGCCUUUGGGGGAGGAGGUCUGUUUGGUUCCACGAUCUGUACUUCAAGGGAAAGCAUUCGAACAGGCUCACCUGGUGGUAGCAGUGCUGCUCUAUUAACAGAUUCCCAGGACUUGCGUCCACACCUAACAUGUAAAACCUCGUACAGUGUGCGUAGUAGGCUAGCAGGCUUUUGACCUGCUGCUUUCUGACCCUGUCAAAUCAAUGUGGCCCAGAGUGUGCAAAUGAAAUGUUAUUGCAGAAGAGAUUAUGAGAUAAUUGGUAUAUCAUGCAGAUAUCGUACAAAAUUUUCUUUCUAGUAACAUAAAUGCAGUUUAUCAUUGCUUGUGCCUCAACUGUUUAAGUGACUAUUAAAGGGCUUGGAGAACA